AUGUAUAUUUGGGCUAUUGUUGACAACGAGAUCAGACUCUAUGGCACUCCCGAGACCAGUGAUAUUGGUUUAGGUGAGUACAAGGUUUUGGAGCCCGCGAGUGGUGAACAUACUUGGACAUCAGUUAGUUGGAAUCAGAAUGAUGAUCAUCCUUACUUGUACGCUGUUGAUAGCAAGAACAAUCAGGUCUAUGAAUGGGAUCCGAUAUCGGAUGGUGUUGAAACUUCGUCGAGAAAACUCGUCGCUGGUAAUGCUGAUGGUAAGGCGAUUGAUGAUGAUAUGCAUUUGUAUCAUCCCCAAAGUGUGAGAUCUAUGCAAGGAUAUCUCUACAUCUCCCAACUUGUCACUGGUGAGGAGUAUCGUAUUGUGAAGUGGGAGCCUUCAAGUCCUACGAGAGUAUUCAAGUUCAACUUCACCAUUAAUGGACGUUUUGGUUUCGAUGUCGUUCACUGGUUGUAUGAUGUUUACCCUGACAGUAUCAUCUAUCGAUAUGGUGAUGCCGCUGUUUAUGUCCAUUGUGUCAACACUCCCGAUGGAGAAGCCACAUUACUUGCAGGAGGCUGCGGCACCGGUCAUGGUAUUGACCAGUUUGUUAAUGCUGACGAUGGAUGCCUCCGAUUUAGUUUCAAUUGGGGUACCACAAUUUGGGAUUAUAAUGCGAAUCCCGAUAG